AUGCGAGCGAAGCACGAGAGAUUGACAGAUGGAUACCCGGGUAAACCGGGUGCCAUCCGUCAAGGUAUGAGGGAUCCAUCGAACCAGCACUUUUUUGUAGCCGAUGGCCUGAUGCGACUGGCGACUGUUGAAUGGCUACACACGAGUCUUGUCGCAAGACUACGGGUGUUGAUCUCCGGAUCCUCUUUGGCAGCGUCGAGAAAGGAGGAGUUUUCGACAGUGUGGAACGUUCCUACCGGGUUUGUCUUCGAAAUCGGUGUCUCCGCUUGUGAAGCGAGCGAACCAGACCUUGACAAUCCUGAUGGUAGUGGUGCCCUCGCCCAAUCUGCUGUGGAUAUUGCGGGCUGCUGCCGUUGCUCCACUGCCGCCGCGCCAUUCACAGAGGAUGGCUCGAAGUUGCUCUUGCGUAAUUGA